AUGGAUCCAUACAAGCUCCCCUCCACUCAGGAGGACCCACCACUAUUCGGGGACAAUGGGGUCAAUAACAACAAUAUCGAUGAAGCGCAUUGUAAAUUGAUCGACUCUCUGGAUCGCCUGACUCUGGCGACAGCGACCCCAUUGCCUCCAUCACCUCGUCUUUCUUCUAUUCCAUCGAAUCUUCCCCCUAGAUCUGUUCAAGCCACUCGGCCUGUGCCUGUUAUUCCUCUACAUGCCAACCAGCCUGUUCAAUCUGUCACUUUACAGUCAAAUCAACCUGUUCAACUUGUCUCACCACAGACAGCCGGUUCUGUUUCUUUUCAGGACGAACGACGCAAGUCAAUUACACCACUACAAAAGCGCAAGUCCACUGCAUCUCUUCGGUCGGUCUCACAACCGCUCAAAUCUUCAUCUCCAACUCCUGAUCCUUCACGCCGCAUAUCACUCACCUCUGCGGGGCUGCCAACCACUGCAACUUCACCCGCGAUGCACCCCGCACGCCUUGUAUUCAGCCCAGCUCCAGAGGCUCCAAUUCCGACUGCUUCGUCUGUCGCCGCGGAGCACUUCUCAAAGGAGCUUGAAUUGCACCGAUCUGGUGGUAUCAAUACUCAAACUGCUGUUAUUGUUCAUGACGACUGCUAUGGUCAUCGUUACUCCCAGCUUGAAGCACCAAAACGGACUCUUGAGAGAAUUGUCGAAAGACCGGAGCGCAUCCGUGCCUGCGCUGUAGGCAUCUCUGCAGCUUAUGUCCUCCUCGGCUCUCGGUAUGCGGAAGGUCUCGCGCCAAACCCAAGUUUGAGCUUGAGGAACAUCGACGUUCCUUUUCAGAUUCUCAAGACUGAUCGCAAAGUGCAUUUGUCUGAUACUGCUGUUACGGAUGUCCAUGGAAUCCAAUGGAUGUCAGAAUUGAAAUGGAUGGGGGACAUUGCAGAGUCACGUCUCAUCAUGGAUGGUAAUGAACUUGCCAGGCAACAAACGGAAGAACACGACGGGCUUGGGACAAGUGGUCCUGCUCUAAAUACCAACGACCUCUACUUAUGCUCAGAGUCUGUGAACGCCUUCCAAGGAGCCCUGGGGGGCAUCUGCGAGGGCGUGGAUCUUGUUUUCGACUCUGGUACGAUUCAGCGCGCAUUUGUCUGCAUUCGACCUCCUGGUCACCACUGUUCGGCUAACUUCCCUUCUGGCUUUUGCUGGAUCAACAACGUUCAUGUCGGAAUUUCCCACGCAGCGACAGACCACGGUCUGACCCACGCUGCUAUCCUUGACUUCGAUCUUCACCACGGCGAUGGGUCUCAGGACAUUGCAUACGAUCACAACUCCAGAUUGCUCAACAAAACACAAAGGGCCAACUUGGCCAAAACCGAUGCUACGAAAUUCAAGGAAUAUGAAGACGCUUCUCCAUAUACCAAAGCAGCGAUUGGCUACUACAGUUUGCACGACGUGAACUCUUUCCCUUGCGAGAACGGCGAGCGCGACAAAGUCAUGGGUGCCAGCCUCUGUGUCGAAGCACACAAUCAAUCCAUUUGGAACGUUCAUCUCGAAAAGUGGGCCGAUCUUGAUGAGUUCUGGAAAUUAUACCAGACGAAAUACAACGCAUUGCUCACCAAAGCCCGCUCCUUUCUUCGCGAAUGGACAAUUGAACUCAACCAAGAACGACAAGAGAAUCCGAAUUCUCCAGUGCCCAAGGCGGCAAUCUUUAUCUCUGCCGGGUUUGAUGCCAGUGAGUGGGAAGGCAACGGCAUGCAACGCCACAGCGUGAAGGUGCCGACUGAAUUCUACGCCAAGUUCACCGCGGAUGUUAUCCGCAUGUCGCAAGAGGAAGGCCUCGGUGUCGAGGGGCGUGUCAUCAGCAUCCUCGAGGGCGGCUACAGUGACCGCGCGUUAUCCUCCGGUGUUCUCAGUCAUCUCUCAGGUCUCAGUGAGAACUCAGAGUACAAGACUGAGUGGUGGUCUCCCAAUCAGCUGAAAGAAUUGGAUGCCAUCAUGGCUCCAGCGCCCAGCAAAGGGCGCAAGAAGGGUGCUGCCACCUACCUGACAGCCACCAAAUCCUUUGCGGCAAAGGCCAUCGCCCCCGGGAGAGACCGAAAGUCCACCGGGGAACUCGAUACCAACAUCGCCGCCCCUUUGCCAGAAGUGAGCUGGGCGGUGGCCACCGGGGAGCUGUCAAAGCUCAUAAUCCCCGAUGGCCGCCAGACCCUGAGCUGCCGCCCGGCGGAGUUAAACCGCCAGCGACGGGAGCAGAGCGCCCAGGAUGGGGGUCUCGACAUCCCCAUCCCCGAGAAACGGCGCCAACUGCGCUCGCGCAAGCCUAAGGAGUCGACCCCCAUGCCCACCACACCCCGCCCUGCCACACCACGGCGCCAGGCCCGCAAGGGCGUGAAUACUCCCAAGACCACCAUUGCCGCCACGACCCUCCCUGCUGCCUCCCACGAGGCCUCCCCGUCUGUGGGUGCCUCCCGUCGGAAGAGCACCAGUCUGACGCGGGCGGGAACUCCACGCCGGGGUGUCAGCCCCUUGAACCUCCCCCCAGUUCCCCAGAUUCCAACUUCUGUGGGGGGAGGCAGGGGCUGCACUCGGAUAAUUCUCAACAUGCCGGCGCGGGAGCCCGGUCGUGGCCGCAAGUUAUCUGGCGGUGCGGUUGACCACCACCGCCGUGGUCGAGGCUCAAGAUCCCCCAAGAAGGGGAAGACGAAGCGUGGGAGCAACUCCGGCGGAAGCUCGGCUACCUCCGCCGACAGUUCUCCCCUAAUCGUGGCCAAGGAUGCCGUGAUGGAGGAUGCUUAA